AUGUCUUCGGAAAGAGAGAUGCUUCAGCAGAAAUUCGAAGGAUUCAGUUACUCAUACGGUGAAUCUAUAGAUGCAGUGAUUGGCCGGUUUGUUGAACUGCUUUCUGAAAUGGAGAAGGCAGAAAUGGUGGUGUCUCCUCGCAUAAUCAACAGAAAGCUUCUGGAGGCUAUAAAAGGGAUUCCAAAUCAGGCAAACUGUAGUUGGUUUAUGAAUGUUAAUCAGAUAAUAGUGACAACCAACGACAACUGUUACAAAAUGAAGUCAGAUGAGCUGAUCUCUCUUAUCAAAUCCUAUGGCAAUGCUGACUCACCACAAAAUUCAGCAUCUAUGUUUAACAAACCCAUGGCUCAAGAAGUUACUCGUGAUCGUGACGAGAUACUUUCUGUAUUUUGCACUCCUGAGUCAACUGAAGCUGAACAAACAAAUGAAAGUGAGAGUGAAGAUCAACAAUGUUCUGAUUAUUCUUCUGAAACUGUUUCUGUAAAUGUCCUUGAUAAUGUAUCAUGUGGGACCACUGAAACACACUCUCAAACGGAUCAGGAGACUUCUUUCAAAAACAAAGCUGCCAGUGAACCAUUCUCGAACACAAAUGGUUCAUGUACUGAUAACUCGUCAAAUGAUUCUGCUAAAGUUUCUGGUAUUUCUUCCGACAAACCAGAACUCUCCGAUUCUGUCAAAGCUGAUGACAUGAAGGAUGAAGAGAAGACAGACGUGAAAAUGGCUCCAAAUGCGCAAGCUGAACAAUCUGAACCUUCUGUUAGUGGUGAAAAGGUUCAGAUCAAGCAACAAGAUCCGAAGCAAGCAAGUAAAGGACGCGGAAAUAAGAAGCCUAAACAUCAAAGACGAUCAGGCUCUCCACAGUCCUCAACGGGCAGCAAUAGUUCUCAAAAGGCCCGUGAUGUGAAAAAUUCCUUUGUUAAGCCAGUCAGUAAUGGCAAAUGUGAUAAAUAUGCAUUUGACUGUGCUAACAAAGCUUUCGGAAAGACUGGUGAGAUUUCUGAACAAGACUUGCAGUUUAAGCAAAGCAAGAAGAAUCAAAAGCAAUCUCCACCACAGAAGGCCUCUGCAAACGACAAGUACAGACAUCCAAAUUCAUCCUCGUUUGCAAGAAAUGUGCAACAAAAACAAGCACAGAAAGGACCGGUUCAUCCUUCAGGGUCUGCAAGAGCUACACAAGCUGAUCAGAAUGCCUUCAACGUGAAGAGACAAACAUGCUUCAAUUGCGGCAUUGCUGGUCACAUUGCAAGAAACUGCACAAAUCGUCCCUACGUACCUUGUUAUAUGCAAAAUCAGAGGGUUACACCGAAGGGUAACUACCAUUCCAAGCCGAUGAAGGGCCUAACACUUAUAGUUGGAGAUCUUGACAGCGCAAUUGACAGUAGAGAUAUUGUUGUGGAAACCCAAACAGGUGAUCUAAAACGAAUAAGUGAAUUGCAUCCUUCUUAUCUUGCUCUUCAAUACCCGAUUUUGUUCCCUUAUGGGGAUGAUGGUUAUAGAGUUGACAUCCCUCAUAGAGGUGUCGUAGAUGUUACCAAUAAGAAGCGGCCAAAUUGUACUAUGAGAGAAUUCUUUGCGUAUCGUGUUCAAGAUAGGAUUAAUCAAUUUUCAUUGAUUCUUAAUUCAAGGAGACUAUUUCAACAAUUCUUGGUUGAUGCAUACACGAUGAUUGAAACUGAGAGACUCAACUAUAUACGUCAUCAGCAAAAGAAUCUUAGAUCAGAUACAUAUGAUAGUCUUCAAAAGUUAAAAAACAACGGUCAACAAGAUAUAUCUAAAGCUGGUAAAAGUGUGAUGUUGCCGUCUUCAUUUACCGGCGGUGCUAGAUAUAUGAUGCAAAACUAUUUAGAUGCAAUGUCUCUAUGCAAGUGUUUUGGUUAUCCCGACUUUUUUAUAACCAUCACAUGCAACCCAAAAUGGCCGGAGGUAACAAGGUAUCUUAGAGACACCACACUUAAACCGGAAGAUAGACCAGAUAUUCUGACAAGAUUAUUUAAGUUGAAAUUGGAUGCUAUUUGCAAAGACUUAAAGGAACGCGAUCUAUUGGGAAAAGCUGCCGCAGUUGUUUACACCAUCGAGUUUCAAAAACGUGGAUUGCCUCAUGCACACUUAUGCUUAUUCAUGGAGGAUGGAUAUAAACUUCCUACAUUGGACCAUGUUGAUGCAUUUAUAUGUGCUGAGAUUCCAAACAGAAAUGAGGACCCGGAGUUAUACACACUUGUGAAAGACUAUAUGAUUCAUGGUCCAUGUGGUCUUGCUAACCUAAGCUGUCCAUGUAUGGUUGAUAGAAAAUGUUCGAAAGGCUUUCCAAAAAAGUUUAAUGAUCAUACGACAUUAGAUUCAAAUGGAUUCCCAGUGUACAGAAGAAGAAACGAUGGUGCGACAGUUAUGAAGAACCGCAUUGAGCUAGACAAUAGAAGUGUUGUACCAUACAACAAAAAGCUGUUGAAAAGGUAUCAGGCACACAUAAAUGUUGAGUGGUGCAAUCAAGAUGGGUCUAUCAAAUAUUUGUUUAAAUACAUCAACAAAGGACCUGAUAGAGCAACUGUUGUUGUUGUGCAAGGGGAUACCCAAAACGAAGAACCAUUAAAAGAUGAGAUAAAAGAGUAUUAUGAUUGUAGGUACAUCUCAGCAUGUGAGGCAUCUUGGAGGAUAUUCUCUAAUGAAGUACACUAUAGGUAUCCUUCUGUUACAAGGUUACCUUUCCAUCUUCCAGGACAACAAAAUGUCGUUUUUGGUCCUGACGAAGAUAUAAAUUCCGUCCUUAACAAACCAUCUGUGAAAGCGUCAAUGUUUUUGUCUUGGAUGGAACGUAACAAAGACCCAAAUGACACAAUUGAAAAUCGUUGCUGGGAACCUAGACAAAAGGGAAAAGCGAUUGGCAGAGUUCACUCUGUACCCCCUUCUUUUGGUGAAGCAUAUUUUUUAAGGAUUCUUCUUAACAAAGUCAAAGGGCCAAAAUCGUUUGAGGAAAUUAGAACCGUUAAUGGUCAUGUACACGAUACCUUUAGAGAUGCGUGUUACGCACUUGGUCUUUUGGACGAUGACAACGAGUACAUUGAAGCAAUCAAGGAAGCAAAUGAAACAACAACAUGUUCAUAUAUUCGUGUUUUGUUUGCAAUGAUGUUGUUAUCAAAUACUUUGUCUAGACCUGAGGUGGUAUGGGAAAGCACGUGGAAAUAUAUGACAGAUGACUUUAUGUACAGAUUAAGAAAAUUUCAUCGACCAGAAGCUUUGUCAGUUCCUGAGGACCACCUUAAAAACUAUGCUCUGGGCGAAAUAGAAAAAUUUUUACUUCGGAAUAACUCAUCUCUACGAAGGUUUUUAACAAUGCCAUAUCCUCAUGAAGCGUCUUUAGCUGAUUCACAAAAUCGCCUAAUAUAUGAGGAGCGUUGUUACACCCAAUUAGAUCGUGGAAACGAGUACGAAAGGCAGAUUAGUAUGCUAAAUGAUGAACAACGGUCUGUUUUUGAAGAAAUACUGAAAGCCGUUAAAGGUGACGCAGGUGGUGUAUUCUUUGUCUAUGGAUAUGGUGGAACCGGUAAAACAUUCUUAUGGAAGACAUUGUCUGCGACAAUUAGAUCUAAGGGUCAAAUUGUAUUAAAUGUCGCAUCAAGUGGAAUUGCAUCGUUGCUACUGACUGGGGGCAGGACUGCACACUCCCGGUUUCAUAUUCCUUUAAAUCUUACUGAGGAUUCAGUUUGUCAUAUAAAACCAGACAGUGACACAGCUAGAUUACUACGUGAAACCAAGUUAAUUAUAUGGGAUGAAGCCCCAAUGGUUCAUAAACACGCAUUCGAAGCUUUGGAUAGAACGAUGAAUGACAUAUUCAAUAUGGACACUUCCAUAAGUUCUGAAAUUUCAUUUGGAGGUAAGGUUAUUGUUUUUGGUGGUGAUUUUCGACAAAUUCUUCCUGUUGUCCCCAAUGGUGGAAGACAAGAGAUAGUGAAUGCCUCGCUUUGUUCGUCAUAUUUAUGGAGUAAAUGCAAGUUGCUAAGGCUAACAAAAAACAUGAGAUUAACCAUUGGACGCUCUACAUCUGAGAUUGAAGAUAUCAAAAAUUUUGCCAAGUGGCUUUUGGAUUUGGGUGAGGGAAAUGUUGGUUGUCCUAAUGACAGGGAAGCAUCUAUUGAAAUACCACCGGAUCUUCUAAUUAACGACACCUCUGAUCCGAUUUCAUCUUUAAUUGAUUUCGUUUACCCUUCAAUUUUAGAUAACUACAACAAUCAUAACUACUUUAGCGAGAGGGCUAUACUUGCGCCUAAGAACGAGGUUGUGCAUGAGAUAAAUGACAGGUUGUUAGCGUUAUUCCCAGGCGAAGAAAGAGAGUAUCUAAGCUCCGAUAGUCUUUGUCAGACUGAGAAUCCUAAUUCAACACAACAGAAACUAUACUCACCAGAUGUGUUGAAUGGUCUUAAAGUAUCAGGUUUGCCUAAUCACAGGUUAGUACUCAAAGUUGGUGUGCCAAUAAAAAGAUUAUACAACCGUGUCAUAGAAGCCGAAAUAAUAUCUGGAGGAAAUAUCGGCACUCGCACCUACAUACCGAGACUUAAUUUGAUACCUUCAGACAAAAAGAUUCCUUUUGCGUUUCAAAGGAGGCAAUUUCCGAUAGUUGUGUGUUUUGCGAUGACUAUCAACAAAAGUCAAGGUCAGUCGCUAUCAAGGGUUGGUCUGUACUUGAGACAACCUGUUUUUACGCAUGGUCAGUUGUAUGUGGCUUUAUCAAGGGUAAAAUCCAGAGACGGAGUCAAAUUGCUUAUAUUAGACAAGGACGGCAAACCUACCGAUAAAACAUCAAAUGUUGUUUAUAAGGAAGUGUUUAACAAAUUGUGA